AUGUCGUCCAGUAACUGCAACAACGAGCAAUCGCAGGUGCAAGAGGAGGAGCUGCAACAAACCUCUUCUUCCUCUUCGCUCUUCUCAUCCUUGUCCGAUGCAUUCUCUUCCUUGAUGACUCCGGUCUACGCUGACGAGGUGAGUCUCCGUCGGGUCGCGGCAAGGAUUUCAGCCACGAGCGGUGGCCAGGGACAGCUCUGACUAGGAUUUCAUGUGUCAUGCGACACUUUGUAGGACAAGGAGGAGGAGUCUGAGGAGGGGCAAUCUGGAGAAGAGGGCGGCGAGGUGAGUGAUUGACAAGUAGAGAAUGUGUAAGUAGCGCAAUGGAUCGAAGGCUGACAAGUGCGUACGCUCCAUUGGCGAUUUGCGUUCCUCAGGAGGGUGGCGAGGAAGGAGGCGAGGCAGAAGAGGAGGAGGAGGAGGAGGAGCCAGAGGAUGUGAGUGCUCAGGCAGGCGAGCAUGUAGUGUAGCGAUGAUGGUGCGAAGACAUGAUCUGACGAAUGUUGAGCGUCAUUUGCUCUCGGUCCACUCCACUUGCGCAGGAGUACCCCGCUAUUUACGAAGGUGAGUCGCUAGCAUUGAAAGGCUGCUAAAAUAGGGGGAAGCAAUGUAUGCUCACCGUGCCUAGCGCGCAUCUUCUGACUCCAGAAUGCGAGAACUCAAAGGGCUGCGCACCUGCCAAGCACCACUUCGAGGAGUGCCAGCAAAGAGUGCAGGAUGGCAAGGGCUUCAAGGACGAGAAUUGCGUCGAGGAGUUCUGUGAGUCCGCAGAAGUGUUUUGAGUCUCGCUGUCUUGGGAUUGAGAUGAAGAGGCAGAGGCAGAAUAAUCGGCAAGUCUAGCACGUCGAUGAAGAGGCAAAGCUGUGAUGUGCAGGGUCAAGGCCAGACAAACGGGGGGUAGCUUGUACUUCUGCGCAGCUCCGCCAACCCAAAGGGCCGCCCGUCAGCUUGAACGCGUUUCAGCUGCUGAUACUACGUUUGCUGAUCUCGUCAUACUCGUUUUCCUCUUCAUGCUCAGUCCACUUGGCGCACUGCGCUUCAGAGUGCAGCGCUCCGUGAGUCAUCAACAUCGGAAGCAUCACGCUCGUUCUCGGCAUCUUGUGCUAAUAUGCUGUCCGGCGCGACGCUCUUCUGGCCUACAGUCGUAUCUUUAGCAAGCUGCGUUAA